AUGUCUUAUUUCACACCACAACAACAGUCACAUGUUUCUCCUUCAAGCCUCACAGUUACUUCCUCUGUGUCCACCUGCAUGUCACCACUGAAUAGUCCUCCUUCGAGAUCAUGUGUGAUCCUCCAUCUGAUUGAUUUUACACCAACAACUGAUUCAGAUGAAAAAGAUUUCAUCUCCCAAACCAAAUCUAAACUAUCUUCUUCUCCAUUCUCUUCCUUUCACUCUUCUUCACAUUUCCAUCAUUUAACUUGUCUGAUGAAACAAAAACUCAGAGUUCCUUGUUCGUCUCGAUCUCUUCAAUCCAUCAAACUUGCACAUCUGAAAGACGUUCAGGAAACUCCCUCUCAAUUUAUUUCACACUUUUUGAGUGUAUAUCCAUUUCCUGAUCCUUCCGACGUUGAUAUUAUUUUACAAGGUGUGAAAUGUCAUGGCCUUGCUUUGCAAUUUGCGAGUAAGGAAUUGAGAAAUUGUAAAUUUGUGGUUUGGAAAGCCAUUCAACAAGAUGCGCGAGCGAUACAGUUUGCGAGUUGGAAAUUACGAUGUUUUGAGAGAGAGUUGUGGAUGGAAUGUGCCAAACAAUUGUCACUCGAAGCAUUAUUUCACUUUUUGUUUGUUGACCUUUUCAAGGAGUUGCAUGAAAAGGACAUGGAGUUGACGAAUAAUAUUAUUGAUUUGGAUACUACUGAAGAACACAUUCAUGAAUUGAAGAUGUUGUGUGAAAAAGUGAAAGAACAAAUUCUUAACGAUCGAGAAUUAAAUUUGGAAAUUUUGAAACAUCAUGCUCCCUCAUGGAUUCAUGUUUCAGAAUGUUUACAAAGAGAUUCUUCUUUUGCCAUGCAAGCCUUGGCCAUCAACUCUGAGAUUUUUCACUAUUGGAGUCCAGAACUUCAAAAAACGAGUUUGAUAGUAACGGAGGGAGAGAUGGAUAUUGCACAAGAUGAUAUUUCAGAGAGAAUGCAUUUGAAAUCGAUUUCACAAGAUGAAACUUUAUCCUUUGAUGAUUGCUGCUCAUGUUGCACUUCUCAACAAGGAGUCUUUCACCUUUCUGAACACAAAAUCUCAGAGUCAAUAAUUCUGAACACCACAUCUCUACAUCUUUACUCUUCACAAGAAUUGUUGGAUUUUCUGAAACACCAAGCAACGGAAGAGAUGAAAAACCAGAGAGAAUUUAUGAUGCAAUGUGUGGUUCAUUGUGGUCUCUCUCUGCAAUUUGCUUCUUCUUCACUGAGACAGGAUCGAGACUUGGUAAUGCAAGCGGUGCAGCAAGAUGGUCUUUCCCUUCAAUUCGCAAGUGUUUCAUUGAGGAAUACGGAUCGAGAAGUGGUACUGAAUGCUGUUCGAUCCAAUGGACAGGCGUUGGCCUUUGUAUCGAGUGAGUGUUUCAGGCAGGAUCGUGAAAUUGUACUGACCGCUUUGAGGCACGAGAAUUGGGGAGGAAAGAAUUUGAAAUUUGCUUCCUACUCUCUGCAAUAUGAUCAAGAAAUGAUCAGGGAGGCCAUUAAAUUUGGUCUCAACGCCUAUCAACCAAGUGCCUAUCCACCGAUCAAGCAGUAG